UAUAAAUAGACGGAUUAUUUUUUUUUAAAAACAGACAGACUUCACAUAGAUUCGAGAUGAACGCCUUAACAUUGGUCUGCGUUGUUCUUUGCCUUUCCUCCUGUCUAGCUGCCAGAUCAUACCAACGAGGAAACAGAGGAGGUGGUGGUCGGCGACCAGUAGACCAGUCUCCUUUUCCUAUUGGACCAGAUCCCUCGCUCUUGACCUGUGAAUUUGGACGUCUGCUUGGUCAACAGGAGUUGUGUCAAUCCUCCUUCUUUCCCAAUACCCCUAGCCAAUGUCCCAGAGGAUUUUUCUGCAAUACCCCUGCUGACGGAAGCGGCCUUUGCUGUUUAAAUACUAAUCCAUGCCGAGUGGGGCGUCCAUUCCAGUCCAAUGGGGAUGCCCUUACUUGUGGUGGAGGGCGUAGUAUACGAUGCCCUGCUAGUUUCACGUGCACAAGGGGAAGGGGAUUCGCUGUCUGUUGUCCAUUACAAGGGGGUGGUGGCUAUAAUCGUUCCGGUUAUGGACCCGGAAGGCGAAGGCCAGUGAAUCCAUUCCCUGUUGACCAGCCUGGUCCAAUCCACCCCAUACCAUUUCCUGACGGUUAUGGCUCGAGUACGAGUUGCCAGUUCGGACGCCAGCUAGAUCAAUACGGCCUGUGUCUAAAAUUGACCUUCUCUAACGUACCCAACGACUGUGCAGCAGGAUUUAGUUGCGUCACGUCUAUCUUUGGUUUUGGUCAAUGUUGUCGAGAUAAUAAUCCAUGCCCCAGAGGAAAUCCAUUCCAACAAAGUGGCAAUGCUGUGUCAUGUGACACACAAAGCUGUCCUUCUGGGUACAGCUGCACCCGGGGAAACAGAUUCGCUGUGUGCUGUCCAGAAUCAAGUGUGGAUCCUCAGCCUCCCUCGGGUCUUAGACCGUGUCCCCAUAUAGCCUGUCCGGCGGUAGUGAUCAGGCCGGAAUGUCGGCGGGACACUGUACUCAUCCACCACGGAUACAGGUGCCUCGGCUGUCCUCAAAACACAUGCCAAAAUGGCGAUGGAUAUUAUUAGCAUAAUAUUUUUUUUCAAUUUUGUAUGUUUUUGUAUAAAUGUGUAUGUGCAAGGUUUCUGAACUGAAAUAAAUACUUUAAAUUAA